AUAGGUUCUGCUUUGCUCCUGUGUUGCAGGGUUUGACAGCGUGCAGUGACUCAGGAAGCCCAGCUCAGUUGACUGGAUAGGGACGAGCCAGCGGUAUUGCCACCAAGGCAAACAACGCAGGGCUGCUACCGAGCAGGACUUUCAUUUGCCGAGGCCAGACCGUCAGCCGGCAGCAAAGAGACUGCAGCGUCCAGGCAAGGGAACUUGGUAAUCCCUUGUGUCCAGAAUGGGUUUUGCGGCGUGAAGCAGGCAGAGACGAGCAGACAAGAUGUCAUACAGCAACAGAGACCUCGUCGUCUACUACAUCAACUAUAAACUCUCGCAGAAGAACUACUCCUGGGACCAGUUCAGCCUGGAGGGCAGGACCGGAGGCGCUGAGGCGGUGGGUUCGGGGAGCCCGAACGCAGAGGAGCGUACGAACGGCGCGGCCAAUGGCGGGGGGGGGCCCGUGUCGCGCCAGCCCCCCCAGGGGAUCGAGGCGGUGCAGGGGGCGCUGCGCGACUCCGCCAACGAGUUUGAGCUCCGCUACGGCCGGGCGUUCAGCGACCUGUCCUCCCAGCUCCACAUCACGCCCGCCACCGCCUACCAGAGCUUCGAGCACGUCAUGGACGAGGUCUUCCGGGACGGGGUGAACUGGGGGCGCAUCGUGGGGCUCUUCGCUUUCGGGGGUGCGCUGUGCGUGGAGUGCGUGGAGAAGGAGAUGAGCAACCUGGUGAGCCGCAUAGCCGAGUGGAUGACCGUCUACCUGGACAACAACAUUCAGCCCUGGAUCCAGAGUCAGGGAGGAUGGGACAGGUUUGCGGAGAUCUUUGGCAAGGAUGCGGCUGCGGAGUACCGGAGAUCACAGGAGAGCUUCAAGAAGUGGCUGCUGGCGGGCAUGACUCUGGUUACGGGGCUGGUGGUGGGCUCCUACAUCGCCAAGAAACGCUUAUAGGACAGCAGUUGUGCCAGAGUGCUCGUACCGUUGCGCCCAGCAUGCGUGUCCUGCGCCUGACGAGCCCCAUGUCUGCGCCCGAAUGAUCCGCGCUGGCUGACGUCACGUGGCGAGGGGUCCGCGGGUCAGCCGAGUUCUGUGCCUUGCGUCGGAGUCGGCGGGGAUAUAAACCAGCUGUCGAAAGUGCCGGUUCCCUGCUGUUCCACCGACGCCCAAGGCUUAAGGAGAUGGCCGCUGGACGUCGGACAGCGCAGAUUUUAGUACGUGUGAAGCAGGCAUUGGCCAACCUGUUGCUGUUGGUUUUGGUUUGGUUUUUUUUAAGUCCCUGCUCCCACAUUCAUUUUACAUUUUACAUUUGUGGCGUUUCGAUUCCCCGUUGCCCUUUCAGGUUUUGGUGGUUUCUCUUUUUUUUUUUUUUAUUUGUUGUUGUUCAAAAAAGCAAAAACUCCCAAAUGUCUGAAGAACAAAAAAAAGAAAAAGAGGAUAUAUUCACCAGUGCUGGAAAUCCCCUGAUCCUGGUCAAAUUCCCUUCCUAUGAUAUUCUUUUUUUUUAUUGCAUGUGAUUUUACAAUUAAAGCAUUGCUGGAGAACCCCCCCCCCAGUGGGGUAAUAUCCUCCUUACAGGACGAUUCUUGAAAGCGAGAGAGAUACACGGUAAACAUUUGUCUCCAAACCACCCACCAAGAAGUAUCCGUCCAGAAACAGAUAUUACUGGAAUCUCAAAUGCUUAAUCAGAACGUUCUGUAUGACGUCAGCACAUAACAUUUCUCUUACCGGUGUUCUGCUCUGUAAGCUGUGUAGCAGGGAAACUAUCAAGAGGCAUUUAAAUACAGCAGCCUUUUCUGUAAACAACAAUGCUGAGCUAUUGUGCUCUGCUGAGUCAGAGCCUAAUGCGACACCAUGUUGAAUGUGUACUUGAAAGAGGGCUUUAGAGAUUGGGCAGGUGUCCAGAAAGGAAUCUUAAGUAUACGCACUUUGUGGGUUUUUUUUUUUAAAUAAAAGGUGUUUUUGUUUAGAAAGCUCUUUAUCCGUGAAUCGUUAAAAUGCCCGACUCUCACAGUUAUUACUCUUGUGAGCUCAGAUCCCAAAGGAAGAGUGACUAAGCUUGGCUGUGUCACAACAGAUGGCAUCCAAAAACGGGGUUUCGAUGCAAUCUUGAUGACUCACCGCCAGCCACACGGCCCAAGUGCCAUUAUUUGUACUGCACUGAGCAGUUGGCCCUGGCGAGGUGAUUGUGAGGGCCUGGAUGCUGUGGGUUCGAGCCGCCCUGGGGAGGCAGGCUGGUGGGGGCUGGAGACGUGCUCCUUCUGGGGUGUCCUGUGCCGGGAUUAGCCAGAAGCCAUUACUGGGUGAUGCUGUCGUCCUCGUCCUCAUCAUCAUCAUCGUCACCUCCCCAACUCGUGGGGCGUGUGCACAUUCUCCUUCUUCCGAAAAAAUCUCAUCCCUUUUCCGAAUGCAGCUUUUCCUUUCGGAUAUUAAAAGAGGUGAAGUGUAGGAUGAAACAGGAGAAACAAGGAAGGGUACACUCUUCCAGUUUAUUCCUCUCAGCUGCCAGGACGCAGUUUUUGCGAGAACUGUCGUAUGUUUUUGGGAAAAGUAACGGUUGCACCAACUGACAAAACCACAUCACACUAAAACGCAGAGUAGGAAGGCGGGAGUAUUUUUUUUUUGGUCUAGUUCUCUUACGGUACCUUUUAAUUAGGUCUAUAUUAAUACAGGCCUGUCAGUUUAUAAUAGAACCAAUUUUGGAAUCAGUAUUUAACUACAGGUGGGAAUGAGUCUUUCGUAACUGGAAAGAGCUUCUACAUACUGUGUCGUGUGCAUCAUAUUUUUUUUUGUGAGGAAUAAACACUUCCAAUUGUAGGCCUUGAUCUCGGAUGAAUAUCGGGUUUUGUCACGUUGUAAGAAAAUAGCAGUUCAGAAAUGCGUCCACCCCACAUUGGCUUAAAUAUGUUUUAAUAUGAAACAAUUUUAUUGAACUGAAUUGAAUUUACUUGAUUUCUUUUUCUCUUAAAAUGUUUCUAAGAAAAAAAAUGUUGGCUGCUGAUAUCCACGUUUUUUAAAUGCCAGGUGUGAUCUGUUAGUGGUGUUUGGGUCAUAACUUGCUUUAUUUGGUCAGAUUUUGAACCAGUUUCUGUCCACUGCCUCCAGGUGGGGCAAGGCCAAAAUCAGGCAUAAAUUCCUUAUUCCCAAUCUGACGAUUGGGUUUAAGGCACAGGCUUGUUAGCAAUAGUGUAAGUAGCGUAUCGUAGAGACCAGUGGAAACUUUGUCAAAGAGAACAACUGAGAUUUUAGAAUUUCUCAGAGGAGCAUAGUCUUAAGCCUAAAUCGUGAGGUUAGAACUGUCCCUCGGCACCCUCCCCAGAAUUCCCGAUCUCCUCCUCCUGUGCUGGGAAAAAUAUUCAAGGAGGUAAAAAGUUUUAUUAGGUGGGCUGCUUGCUAGUCCCUAGUUUAGUUUUGUUUGACGGGAAGGUUCUGAGCCAACUAGUCAGCAUGACCAGGUCCUGCUAGAUUCUGUUCCAGACACUAAAAGCUGAACACGCCUCCACUGCUCGUGGAGUGCUUUCCAGCUCUUUGUCAAGUGUUGAUGUUAAGGAGCAGGAACCCAGUGCACAAGCUUGGUGCUGGCCAUCCCGGAGGGCCAGUCUGGGUGCAGAUAGACUUUGAAACUGAAAUACCUGGGCUAACUAGUUAAAAAAACAUCUCUACUCUCUUAAGUCGAUAAAGUCGGAGGGAGGCAGAUGCAAUCCACUUGAGAUUCUGCGCAACGGGCUGGUUUUGCAGUUUCUUUUUUUGUUCCUUGACAGGCCUAAUCUUCGCUCUCUGCACAUUUCACCCCUCCCCUUGUGGACACGACGAGCCCAGGGUUCAUAGGAUCAAUUCCUGAAGGGCCUGCCCUCUGCUUUAUUUGUCCCAUGCAGGCUUUCAUUUGCAUAGUUGGUCUAA